ACUAAAAGUAAAAGACUAAAAAUAGGUGUUAACUAAUAUCUUUUUAAAACUGUUUGAAUUUCGUCUUCGUCAGAAAGUCGUUCUUUAUGUUUUGAAAUCAGGAAAUUUGUUAGUUUAUGGCAUUGUCCAUGUCGAGAAGUAUGAAAACGGGACAGACUUGAUCAUGAACGGUCAAAAUUCUGAAAAUACUUCGAUAGCACCAAAACUUCAUGACGGCAAUGUUUUUUACAAAACGGCAGCUGCCCGCAGUAUUUCUGGUGUCUUUGUCGCUUUUGCAAUACUCAUAACUGUACAUCAGAUUUAUCUUCAUCUGAAAUAUUACACGAACCCCAACCAACAGCGAUGGAUUGUGAGAAUUCUGUUCAUUGUACCAAUCUAUGCAUUCCAUUCAUGGCUCAGUCUUCUGUUUUUUGAACAUUCAUAUUCCAUUUACUUUGAUACUGUAAGAGAUUGCUAUGAAGCAUUUGUGAUUUAUAACUUCAUCAGUUUGUGUUAUGAAUAUCUUGGGGGUGAGAUAGCCAUUAUGAACGAACUACGAGGACGUCCCGUAAAGUCAAGUUGGUUUACAUUUACAUGUUGUCUAAAUGGAAUGCAAUAUUCUGUUGGUUUUCUCAAGUUUUUUAAACAGGCAACUCUUCAAUUCUGUGUUGUGAAACCCAUAAUGGUGAUCGUUAUUCUGGUCUUGUAUCCUCUUGGUUAUUAUGAUCCUGGUGAAUGGAGGUUUGAUCGAGGCUAUCUCUAUGUCACCAUUAUAUACAACAUAUCCUACACAUUGGCACUGUAUGGUCUUUUGCUUUUCUAUUCUGCCGCGAAAGAGCUCCUUGCAUCUUAUUCACCAGUGUGGAAAUUUUUCACAAUCAAAUCUGUGGUGUUUCUCUCAUUUUGGCAAGGUUUCACUCUUGCCAUUUUUGAAAGUUUGGGAAUAAUCCAUACCUAUAAUCACAUUUCAUCUGGAAAGAUUGCAAACGCUUGUCAAGAUUUUCUCAUCUGCAUAGAAAUGUUCUUUGCUGCUGUAGCUUUGCGGUUUGCAUUCCCACAUUCAUCUUAUCUUAACCAGAGAAAAUUGAACGAGAAAGGCCAAGCUGUUGCAAUGAAGAGUAUUUCCAGCAACUUCAAGCAGACGCUUAAUCCAAAAGAUAUUGUCACAGAUGCCAUCCAUAAUUUUUCUCGCUCCUACCAACAAUACGCCGGGGGUGUAGCAAUCCAGACAAAUGAAGACAACUUAAAACCCAAAGUUGUAUACAACAAGAAUGAAUUCUCGGAGGAAACUAUGCUACUUGAUUCUGACUCUGAAUGCUGAAGUCCUUUUUUAAAUAUGUUAUUCAUAAACACAAUGAGACGAAGAUAGAUGGUCAUGGUUUGUUGUAAAUUUGUUUGAUCAAAGUAGAUAUUUAAAGUUUUUUGUAGAAAUAUAUUUAAAUUUGAUUAAGAUGACCUAUUAUGCAGAUAAA